AUGCUCUCGUUUCUGCAGUUUGCAAGAAAGGCAUCUUCUCUAACAAGAAUAGCGGCCCCAAACGACAAACCUGUGCUAAUCCUGGUGGUAUCCAUAGGCAACCCCGAAGCCCAAUACCACGGGACCCGUCACUCGGUCGGUCAUCUGAUUUUGAAAAAUUUAUGCGAGUCUCAAGGUUUUUCCCAGAUCAAGCAAAUAAAUGGGUUCAAAUUCAGAUGCAACACAGACAAGCCAGACGUGCUCCUGUACCAGACUCCAGGGUUCAUGAAUCUAAGCGGGAAAAACCUCGCCAAACCCUGGAAGGCUCUCAUGGCGCAGCCUCAGUGGAACCCGGUGCUCGUGGUGCUCCACGACGAGCUGGAUCUGGACCUGGGGAAAGUGCGUGUGCGAAAACAAAACUCUUCCGCACGCGGGCAUAAUGGCCUGAAAUCUAUCCAGCAGCACAUCGGCAAAGGCUACAACGCCAUACAAAUCGGCAUCGGAAGAGAUUCCAACAGAGAGAAAGACCCGGACGCCGUGUCCAGGUACGUGCUGUCUAAAUUUAGUGCGCAGGAGGCGGAACAACUCCACCAGCAGGUAGUGCCCCAAGUGGCUGCCAUAAUUGAAGAGAUGCGGCAACACAAGCAUAUUUUUGAAACCUUGUGA